AUGUCUUGUCUUGAAGCGCUGUGUACACGUCUGUCUUGUGUUGAGGUGCACUGUCACUCUGUCAUCAGUGAGUGUCAGGUCACCACUGACACUGUCAACUGGACUGUGUCAGGUUCAUGUCGUGUGCAGGAGGCUUUUUCCUCUGACAACGUCUACAGCUGCAGCUGGACACUGAGCGAUCAAAUAUCUGGAUCGUUGAGUGAAGAUCGUGAGCGAUGUUUGUUUACACAACAAUUGCCAAAAGUCGUGGACAAGUACACCUACAACGUGUCUGUAUUUCCUCCUGCUACCAGCGAGUCUCCGCAAACCAUUGAAAUAGCUUCUCCAGGUGACCUGUCCAUAUUCUGCCCUCGUGUUGUGCUGUUAGGAAGCAGCUUUGUCGUUGCCUGCGAGACAGAGACUGCCGGCAGUCCCUCCGCCAUUGUCCGCCUGGAGGGAGAGAAGGACAGACAGAAGGUGAUCAGAUCUGUUCCACGGUCAGCCAAUGGCACGCAGUUCAGAUGUCACGUGACCUGGGGAGGAGACACAAACAGCACCAGCUACUACACACUGCUUGUGGCAUUGUACAAACCCUCCAUAGACGGCCCGGACAUCGUCUCAAUCCGCAGCUCGUCUCCUAGCAACAGCGCAAACACUUCGCUCGUCUGCUCAGCUUCAGAAGCGUACCCCGCAGUUAUCUACUCUUGGCAGGGAGCAUGCGCAGAAGUGACAACAAGUGUAGAUGGCAGCACGUGCCUCGUGUCUCGGCCAAUCAGUGACACCGAUGUGAUCACAUGCACAGCCGUCAACUCCCUGUUUGACAUCUCUGUGACAACAUCCUACAGUCCUGGCCUCACAGGAACUCAUUCUCUAAUAGCUGCAGCUGUUGGUGGAGCUGCUGCUGGUGUCAUUAUCUUGACUGCUGUCAUCGUUGUCGUCGUUCUCUAUAUUUUAAGAAAACGAAAAGAUGCAAUGUACGCCAGCACCACUAUGGGCAGAGAAGAGCCGCAUCCUUACAUGGACCUAGAGAUGAGAGGUCAAGGUCACUGUGAAACAGCUCCAACGUCUUCAGACUUACACUGAACAGUCACGUGGCCAGGGUAUGUGGCAGUCGUUGGAAAAUGUUUUACAUUUUUCUUCUGUUGAUGUAAGAUUCUAUUGAUAAAUUAUUAAGUAUUAUAAAGAUACUAAGUUAUACAUGUAUCCCAAUUUAUACCGGUCUUUAGUACUUGGUCAGUAACAUACAGACAACAUAAUUAACAUACAUUAAUGAUUUGUUUCAUCUGACAAUAAUCUGGCCUUCAGUUGACAGAAAAGGGGUUAAAAUUGUGUACAGUGGUACAUAAGCUUACAUUGAACAUUCUGAGUAUAAUGGAAAGUGUUCAGUUUUCCUGGGUGCGACUAUAUAAGUUUUUCUGCAAUGUUAAUUUAACUUUUGAGUGAAAUUCUUCUACCUUGAAUUCAUUAUUGUAAUUCAUGAUCGUUGUCAUUUAUUUUCGAUUCCUCUCUAUAUAUAAUCUGUGAGAGAGAAAGCAGAAAUUCAGUUUCUUAUAAAGAGCCGCAUUUUGCCUUUAUAUAAAAUGUAAACACAUUUUGUUGCAAAAUACAUUAUAGAUGUGAAUUUCAAUGGUGAUUAUCAGACUUGUUUUGAUGAAAUAAGUAAAAAUCAGUUUAAAUAUUUUGUAUUAAUUUGUGGUGUACAUGUCUGUGUAGGUAUAAGAGCUUAUGUGAUUAUUAUUUUAUUUUGUUUUAUAAAUUCCAUUACCGUCACAGUCGGUUUUCUGAAAAAGAAACUUUACUGACAGAUUCUGUGAGUUCUGCAGAAAAGAGGGUUCAGACUGAAGGUUGUGGGCAGGAUACGGAUUUCGUUUUCCUUUCUUUUAGUCAAACACUAGAGGACAGGGCGGUGUCUGAACAUCAACAUGAAGCACAGUCUGUCAUCUAUUAUCUCCACAGGACUGCAAACCUCACGACUUGUCACAUGAGAUGUCUGACAUUUUAGUUUCAAUCUUGAGUCGACAAAACGAGGACAUGUCCUCAUCCCGUGUCUCGCCGGACCUGUUGACAGUUGACUACAGACAAGUACCCGGAUGUGAGGUGACUGGCAGUAAUGAUAACCUGUUAGCAGCACUUGAAAUUAGAACAGUUAAAGCCUCACUAAUUAACUCUUCAAGUCCAUUUGAAAGACGUAGGAACAUGUGCUACAAGUGUCUGUGUAUUCAAACUUGUUUUGUUGUUUACAAGAAGUGUUUCAUACUAGGUUAAAGCAAAACAAAGCAGGGAAACAUUGUGUGGUACUUCAACUGAUAACCUUCUCAAUUUUACUGUGUGUUUUUGACCCUGACUCGAAUAACAUGAAAUAUGUAGGUAUGUGAAUGCUAGGUAUUCAAUAUGUAGCUGAGUAACACACGCGGUUUGUACUGUUUACUCAGCGCUCAAAGCUCAGCCUAAAACCACGGUAACAGCUUCAGCUCUACACAAUUAGUAAAACUACUAUUACAAUCUUCAUUAUUGUGACAUCUUAUUCCAGCGGUUCUCAACCUUUUACAUGUGACGACCCACCUGACGAACACCGGUACGUCCGCGACCCCCUUAGCCAGGCCGG